AUGAACGGCUCCGCGUCGAUGCCCUUUUGCUUUCCCUUCGGUCCAACGCCAUUCGCACCUCUACCAUUUCCGGGGUUGCUGGAGGCGGUCGCGGCGGGACCCGUGCCGGGUUUUGCACGGCUUCAGCCCAUGGGAAUGCCAGCACAUCUGAUCCCGAUCUAUAUGCAGACGAUUAUGCGGAGUUUGCUCCCUCACAACCCGCAACUCCAAAUGGGCAUCCCAGGCAUGCUGCAGAAAAUUCCGAGCCUCGACGCCAUGCAGACCCCAGUGAAAGUUAAAAACGAGCCAGUCGCCGCCAACGAGUUGCCAAAGACGCCUCCUGGAGCUGCUCAAGAGGACCGGACCCCGGACGACGUCGUCACCAUGUUCCCUCGCAUCGUCACAGGCAGCGCGUCCGCUCGAAAAGCAUCGACCUCUCCGAGCUCGUCGAAAGCCGCCUCGCCACGGCAGAAGAACACCAAGACUGCUGCUUCACCGUCGGCCCACUGCCAAUGUCGAUUUUGCGGGAAGAUCUUCACGCGCCACUGGCUGUUGCAGGGCCACAUGCGGACACAUACCGGAGAGAAGCCGUUCCAGUGCGCGCACUGCCCGAAAUCGUUCGCCGACAAAAGUAACCUGCGGGCACAUGAGCAGACACAUUCUGGCCUGAAACCCCAUGAAUGCACGCGCUGCGGGAAGCGCUUCGCCCUGAAGAGCUACCUGUCGAAGCACGAGGAGUCCAAAAUGUUGUCUACAGUAUCCUUCGUGGUUACCGUAACCUUCUGCCUAGCUGCCCCAAAUCGACGUAUUAAUGACGGGGACUAUUUGGGCUACAGACUCGCCGAAGCCCCAGAUUAUUUAUACGAUUCCGGCGAGACUGCCGGCGCCCGAAAGCCCCAAAACCGCGUCCCGGAUGUUGUCUUCGUAUUCCUCGAAGACCCAAAAAACUCUACGAAAAAGCAGAACAAGAACGGGAAACCUGAGGGUAUGACCUACUCGGACUUUGUGAAAGCUGACAUUUGCAAGGAGAACAUCGCCCGAACGUGCUUUGAUGACGCUGAUGCGAAUGGCGAUGGUAUUGUCACGAAGGCCGAGCUGAAGAAGUACCAAAAAGACUCGAUGGCACGGGUCGAGAAGAUGUUCGAUGAGAUGUACGCGCACAAUUUUGCUCUUGCCGACAUCAAUGGAGACGACAAGAUCUCCAAGUCAGAAGCGCAAAAAUAUGCAAGCGAUCAGCUAAAGAUUGUUCCGGACUCGGAAUUCGAUCGCCUGUUCAACGACAUGGACACCAAUGGCGACGGCUAUCUGGACAAGAACGAAUUCACUAAGCUACUCGAUUCCUGGUACCGCAACGACUACAAUCUGAAACUGCAGUUUAACGACUACGCCAGCACCACUAAUUUUCCGACGCUGCGACCCGACCCGGAAAUCGAGCAAGUACCCCUUCACCCAACUCGU